GGCCGCCCCCGCUCCCCCGUGCCUCCGGCACCCACCGAGCUCAACAUGGACCUGGGCUCCGGCCCUGGCGAGGAGCCCCGAGCCUCCACAUCCUCCGCCAUAGCCGCCGCGCAGGAUCCCGGUGCUGAGGAGAAAAAUGAUCCCCCGUUUCACCUUAAACUUCCUCCAAAGGCAGCUAGACCUGAAAAAGAAGUUGACCCAGAAUAUGAAGAGAAGAUGAAAGCAGAUCGAGCAAAAAGGUUUGAAUUCCUCCUGAAGCAGACAGAGCUUUUUGCACAUUUUAUUCAACCUGCAGCACAAAAAUCGCCAACAUCUCCACUGAAAGUCAAGCUGGGACGGCCACGGAUGAAGAAAGAUGAAAAACAGAGUUUGAUUUCAGCUGGGGAGUACCGCCACAGGCGCACGGAGCAGGAGGAGGAUGAAGAGCUCUUGUCUGAGAGUCGGAAAACGUCCAAUGUGUGUAUUCGGUUUGAGGAGUCUCCUUCAUAUGUGAAAGGAGGAACACUAAGAGAUUAUCAGGUUAGAGGUUUGAACUGGAUGAUCUCACUGUAUGAAAAUGGAGUUAAUGGUAUUCUGGCAGAUGAAAUGGGGCUUGGUAAGACUCUGCAAACAAUAGCUUUAUUAGGCUAUCUGAAGCAUUACCGAAACAUUCCUGGGCCACAUAUGGUCCUGGUUCCAAAAUCAACUUUGCAUAACUGGAUGAAUGAAUUCAAGCGCUGGGUUCCGUCCUUACGUGCUGUUUGCCUUAUUGGAGAUAAAGAUGCCAGAGCUGCAUUUAUCCGUGAUGUUAUGAUGCCUGGUGAAUGGGAUGUUUGUGUUACAUCAUAUGAAAUGAUAAUUAAAGAGAAAUCAGUUUUCAAGAAAUUUAACUGGAGGUACCUGGUAAUUGAUGAAGCCCACAGAAUAAAGAAUGAGAAGUCUAAGCUGUCAGAGAUUGUACGUGAAUUCAAGACAACAAAUCGAUUGCUGCUUACAGGAACUCCUUUACAGAAUAACCUCCAUGAGCUGUGGGCAUUACUCAAUUUCCUUUUACCUGAUGUCUUCAAUUCUGCAGAUGAUUUUGACUCAUGGUUUGACACUAAAAAUUGUCUUGGUGAUCAGAAACUUGUAGAGAGACUUCAUGCUGUGUUGAAGCCAUUUCUCUUGCGUCGCAUAAAAGGUGAAGUAGAAAAGAGUUUACCUCCAAAGAAGGAAGUAAAAAUUUAUCUUGGGCUCAGCAAAAUGCAGAGAGAAUGGUAUACCAGGAUCCUGAUGAAAGAUAUUGAUAUCCUGAAUUCAGCUGGCAAAAUGGAUAAGAUGCGUCUGCUGAAUAUUCUGAUGCAGCUGCGGAAGUGCUGUAACCAUCCUUACCUGUUUGAUGGUGCUGAGCCAGGCCCGCCUUACACCACUGACACUCAUCUCAUCACCAAUAGUGGUAAAAUGUUAGUCCUGGAUAAACUGCUGGCAAAACUCAGAGAACAGGGUUCCAGAGUUCUGCUGUUCAGUCAGAUGACUCGGUUGCUGGAUAUUUUGGAAGACUAUUGCAUGUGGCGUGGUUAUGAGUACUGCAGACUUGAUGGGCAGACACCACAUGAGGAAAGAGAGGAAGCAAUUGACACAUUUAAUGCUCCCAACAGCAGUAAAUUCAUUUUCAUGCUGAGUACCAGAGCUGGAGGUCUUGGAAUUAAUUUGGCAACUGCUGAUGUCGUUAUUCUUUAUGAUUCAGAUUGGAACCCUCAAGUAGAUCUGCAAGCCAUGGAUCGUGCGCAUCGUAUUGGUCAAAAGAAACCAGUACGGGUGUUCCGACUUAUCACUGAUAAUACUGUUGAAGAGAGGAUUGUAGAAAGAGCUGAAAUAAAACUGAGACUGGACUCUAUAGUUAUACAACAAGGAAGGCUCAUAGACCAACAGUCCAACAAACUGGCAAAAGAUGAAAUGCUGCAGAUGAUCCGGCACGGAGCCACGCAUGUUUUUGCUUCCAAAGAUAGUGAGCUGACAGAAGAAGAUAUAACCACUAUUUUAGAAAGAGGUGAAAAGAAGACAGCGGAAAUGAAUGAACGAUUGCAGAAAAUGGGAGAGAGCUCCCUACGAAAUUUCACUAUGGACACAGAGAUGAGCUUAUACAACUUUGAAGGUGAAGAUUACAGAGAAAAACAAAAGCUGAGCAUGAUGGAAUGGAUCGAGCCUCCAAAAAGAGAACGUAAAGCCAAUUAUGCAGUGGAUGCUUAUUUCAGAGAAGCCCUACGUGUCAGUGAACCAAAAGUCCCAAAGGCUCCACGACCUCCAAAACAACCAAAUAUUCAGGAUUUUCAGUUUUUCCCACCACGGUUAUUUGAACUCCUGGAAAAAGAAAUUCUGUAUUACCGUAAAACUAUAGGAUAUAAGAUCCCCAGGAAUCCUGACCUUCCAAAUGCAGCUCAGAUACAAAAGGAGGAACAAAAGAAGAUAGAUGAGUCUAUGCCUCUGAAUACUGAGGAAAGUGAAGAGAAAGAAAAGCUUCUAACACAGGGUUUUACAAACUGGAAUAAAAGAGAUUUUAACCAGUUUAUUAAAGCUAAUGAGAAAUAUGGUCGUGAUGAUAUAGACAAUAUUGCCCGUGAGGUGGAAGGAAAGUCACCAGAGGAAGUCAUUGAGUACUCAGCUGUUUUCUGGGAACGUUGUAAUGAACUACAGGACAUUGAGAGGAUUAUGGCUCAAAUUGAACGAGGAGAAGCAAGAAUUCAGCGGAGGAUCAGUAUCAAGAAAGCCCUUGAUGCCAAAAUUGCAAGGUACAAAGCACCUUUUCAUCAGCUGCGUAUUCAGUACGGAACAAACAAAGGGAAAAACUACACAGAAGAGGAAGACAGAUUUUUGAUCUGUAUGUUACACAAGAUGGGCUUUGACAAGGAAAAUGUGUACGAAGAGCUGAGGCAGUGUGUGCGCAAUGCUCCUCAGUUCAGGUUCGACUGGUUUAUCAAAUCCAGAACUGCGAUGGAGUUUCAGAGACGCUGCAAUACUCUCAUAUCAUUAAUAGAAAAAGAAAAUAUGGAAAUUGAGGAAAAAGAAAGAGCUGAAAAGAAGAAAAGAGGAGCAAAAGUUACAGCAUCACAGAAGAGAAAAGCAGAUUUGGCUGCUGAAAACUCUGGAAAAAAGGAUGCUAAGAAAGUGAAGUCAUGAACCUGAAAACUGAAUGCUAAAUAUUAAACUGCCAUGUUCUUCACUCCAUCUAUGUAUAUUAAUUGCCAACUUCUUUGUAUUCAUGGUACUCUUCCCCAAGUCCCAUGCUUUAAUUUUGCAAAUUUUGUAUCCUUUACAAUGCCUUUCUUUACCUAAAAUGUGUAGCUUUAUAUCUUAUGCAUUCCAGUAUUUUUGUGUACUGUAUUUUGUGAGUUUCAUGUCUUUGGCAAAAUUCACUCAGUUCUUGGUUUUCUGAAGCUUGUGGUGAGGUUUUAGCUUUUAUAUGUUUUAUAAGCUGCUGCUUUGAAAGAAAACCUAGAUUCUAUAGCUGUAUUGUUGUUGUUUCAUAUUUUAAAUUUAUAUCAUUGUUGGAAAAUAAACGGACUUAAUUAUUUGAA